UCCCUUUCCCCUGUUUUCCUCCACCGAAAAAGGGUCUCUUCAUUCUCUGAUCUCCUCUGCCAUUAGUCGCCAAUGUCACUCCUCCAACUCUGUUUCACUUCAUUUCUUCUCCUUCUUCCCCUUCCUUCAUACUCCCUCAACGAUGAAGGCCUCACCCUCCUCUCCUUCAAACAGUCCCUGCAACAAAAACCCAGCACUACCCAAUUGCAAAAUUGGAAUCCCUCAGACACAAAUCCUUGCUCCUGGGAAGGAAUCGGCUGCAACCAACUCGGCCGAGUCAUCUCACUCACCCUUCCUUACAAACAACUCGCCGGAUCCUUCCACCUCGACUCCACAAACCUAACCCAACUCCGCCACGUCAAUCUCCGCAGCAACAACCUCACCGGAACCCUCCCGCCGGAGCUCCUCCGAUCACCCGCGCUCAAAACCCUGGUCCUCUCCGAAAACUCAAUUUCCGGCCCAAUUCCGUCCGAAAUCGGAAACGCCGACCGCCUCCAAACCCUCGACCUCUCUCAAAAUUCCUUCAACGGCCCCCUCCCUCCAUCAAUUCUCAACUGCAAGAGACUGAAACAGCUCGUCCUCGGCUCCAAUCUCUUCUCCGGCUCCCUCCCCGACGGAAUCGGGCCCAAUUUAAUCACCCUCCAGAGCCUCAAUCUAUCGUCCAACGCUUUCACCGGACGCAUCCCCGGCGACAUCGGAAACCUGUCGAAUCUGCAUGGAGCUCUCGAUCUGUCUCGCAAUCUCUUCACCGGCGCAAUCCCGUCGAGCCUCGGCGCUCUCCCGGAGACGGUCUACAUCGAUCUCAGCCACAACAAUCUGAGCGGCCCAAUUCCCCAGUCUCGGACCCUGCUCGAUGCUGGGCCCACAGCUUUCCUCGGCAACCCACUCCUCUGCGGGCCGCCCACGAAAGCCCUCUGCCUGUCUCUCCCGGAAAAGCCCAAGCCCAUGGCGGACGAUCCGUUAUUGGAGCCCGGCACCGGCGAGAGGCGCCUGAGUCCGGCUCUGCUAGCGGUCGCGAUUGUAUCCGGGACAGUUUUAGCGAUCGGCGUGGUCGCUCUGUCAUUUGCGUACUGAUCGGGAGCGGCGGGGAAAGAGAUGCUCUGUUUCAGUAGGAGGGAUGACGUGGAGUCGCUGGCGUCGGAGAAUGUGGAGCAGUACGCGUUCUUGAAGGUGGAGGCAGAUCCGGGGUUCGAUCUGGAGCAGCUGCUGAAAGCGUCGGCGUUUCUGCUGGGGAACGGCGGGGCGGGGAUCAUGUACAAAGUUGUGAUUGAGAACGGGGCGAGCCUGGCGGUGAGGCGGCUGGAAGACGGAGGCGGCGGGCAGAGGUUUAGGGAGUUUCAGGGGGAAGUGGAAGCGAUCGGGAAGAUUAGGCACCCGAACAUUGUGAGGCUUCUGGCUUGCUGCUGGUGUGUUAGUGAGAAGCUGCUCAUCUAUGAGUAUGUCCCCAAUGGGAACUUGGCUACUGCAAUUCACGGGAGGAACGGAGUGACAAACUUCAAGCCAAUGCCAUGGUCUACCCGUCUCCGAAUUCUCAAAGGCCUGGCCAGAGGCUUGACAUUCAUCCACGAAUGCAGCCCCAAGAGGUACGUCCAUGGCCAUCUGAAGCCCACCAGCAUACUCCUAGCAAGCGACAUGGAUCCUCGAAUCGCCGAUUUCGGCCUCAACCGUCUCGCCUGCAAUCCAACAACAGCCGAAGAAUCAUCAUCCUUUGAACCUCCUCUGGCUCACACGGAGAGCAGCAGGACGCCUUCUCAGUGCUCCCCAUAUCCAUUGACACCCACCAACGCUAAGACGAACAACGCGUCGUUCUACUACGAAGCUCCCGAGAUGGCUUCGCGAUCAUCAGCUUCGUCGUCGUCGAAGCCAUCGCAGAAGUGGGAUGUCUACUCGUACGGGAUGAUCCUCCUCGAGAUCGUCACCGGGAAGUCUCCCGCGGCGAUUCUGAACGCUUCUGAGAUGGAUUUGGCGAAAUGGGUUCAGCUCAGCAUUGAUGUUAGUAAGCCGAUUGGUGAUAUUGUGGAUCCCUUCUUGGCGCAUGAUUCGGGUAAAGAAUUGCAGAUGGCUGCUGUGAUGAAGAUUGGUUUGGCCUGUGUUGGAGGGAAUCCUGACAAGAGACCUUCUAUGAGGAAUGUCGGAAUUGCUCUGGAGAAAGCGGGGGACGAAUAGGUGGAUUGUAGAUGAAACAAAUUUGUGAGCAACAAGAUGAUAGUGCAGAACAGAGGAGUCGUCGAGUGCUUUCAAGUGGCGUUACAUGUUUUUGUUUAUGAUAUUUUACAGAUUAUUUAUGGGUUGGCAGAAUGUUAUAAACUUAUAAUGUAAUAGCAAAUCAAUUUUUUUGACAUUAUGAUGCUGUUGGAUGAUUUUUCUAUAAGAUAACGAAUCUAAAUACGAG